AUGUCGGAGGUACCUCAUUAUGUGCUCUAUGAGCAUGCUGUUGGAUAUGCCCUUCUAAAGGUUAAGGAAUUCGAAGAUGCUGGUCUUAUCAUCCCAGAGGUGGAUGCUUCAAUUGCUGAUUCAGCUAAGUUUGGUGCUGUCGUCCAGUUGAGUUCUUUCGAUCCCUUCAAGAAUACCGAAGCUGCCUUGGAAAACUGUAACUCUAUUUCUGAAGGAAUUGCUCAUGCCGAUUUAAUUUCGUUCCUCGAGAGCAAUCUCCCCCAAAAGAAGAAGAAAUGUCUUCUUGGAAUUAAUGACUCAAAACUAGCGGGAUCGCUUACUGAGGCGAUCCCUGAUAUUAAGCUAGUUUUCGGUGGCGUUAUUACCGAGAUCCUUAGAGGAAUUCGCGUCCAUUUCGAGUAUCUGGCCAAGUCUUUGCCUCAUCACUCUCUCGCCAAGGCUCAACUCUCCCUUGGUCACAGUUACUCUAGAUCUAAGGUUAAAUUCGAUGUCCACAGAGUAGAUAACAUGGUUAUCCAAUCUAUCGCUCUCCUCGAUCAAUUGGACAAGGAUAUCAACCUCUUCGGAAUGCGUAUUCGUGAAUGGUAUUCAUACUCUUUCCCCGAGUUGUUCAGAAUUGUACCUGAUCAGUACAAAUAUGCUCGUCUCGCUGUCACCAUCCUUGAUCGCAGUACCGUCGCUGAUAACGAAGAGAUGCUCGCCACGAUCACCGAGAUUGUUGAGGGAGAUGAAGAGAAGGCUGCCGAAAUCGUUGAAGCUGCUCGUACCUCUUGUGGUAUGGACAUCUCUGAGUUGGAUCUCAUUAACAUCGAGAGAUUCGCUAACAGAGUUGCUCAAUUAACUGAGUACAGACAGAAACUCCAUGAGUACAUCAAGGACAGAAUGGGUAACUGUGCUCCUUCCCUCAGUGCUCUGAUUGGAGAACAAGUUGGAGCUCGCCUCAUUUCUCACGCUGGUUCACUAACAAAUCUCUCUAAAUAUCCCGCCUCCACCGUUCAAAUUUUGGGAGCUGAAAAGGCUUUGUUCAGAGCUUUGAAGACUAGAUCUGCUACUCCUAAAUACGGAUUGUUGUUCCACUCUUCCUUCAUUGGUAGAGCUUCCGCCAAGAACAAGGGUAGAGUUUCUCGAUUCCUUGCCAACAAGUGCUCCAUCGCUGCUAGAAUUGAUUGCUUCUCUGAUGUACCUGUUACUACUUUCGGAGAGCAUCUCCGCGCUCAAGUCGAAGAAAGACUGAAGUAUUUCGAGACUGGUGAGGUUCCUCAAAAGAAUCUUGUUGUUAUGGCUAAGGCCCAGGAGGAAGCUAAGGAAGUCCAAACCAAAGUUUUGAAGAAGAAGAAGAAGGCUGCCAAGAAAGCUAAGAAGGUUGUAGAAGAGGAAGAAGCACCAACACCAGUUGCUGUCAAGAGAGCUGCUGAUGAUGAGGAGGAAGCCGAGAAGCCAAAGAAGAAAAAGAAGAAGAGCAAAGCUGCUGAUGAAUAA